GCGCGAGCCGCGGGGCCUGCGCCAGAACUCCGCCGCCUGCGCAGCACCAUGCCGCCCUACACCGUCGUCUACUUCCCCGUUCGAGGGCGCUGCGAGGCCCUGCGCAUGCUACUGGCGGACCAGGGCCAGAGCUGGAAGGAGGAGGUGGUGACUGCAGAGACCUGGCAGCAGGGCUCACUCAAGGCCUCCUGUCUGUAUGGGCAGCUCCCCAAGUUCCAGGAUGGAGACCUCACCCUGUACCAGUCCAAUGCCAUGCUGCGUCACCUGGGGCGCUCCCUCGGGCUAUAUGGGAAGGACCAGCGGGAGGCAGCCCUGGUGGACAUGGUGAACGACGGCGUGGAGGACCUGCGCUGCAAAUACAUCAGCCUCAUCUACACCAACUACGAGGCGGGCAAGGAUGACUACGUGAAGGCACUGCCGGGGCAGCUGAAGCCUUUUGAGACGCUGCUGUCCCAGAACCAGGGAGGCCAGGCCUUCAUUGUGGGCAACCAGAUCUCCUUCGCUGACUACAACCUGCUGGAUCUGUUGCUGAUCCAUGAGGUCCUGGCUCCCGGCUGCCUGAAUGCAUUUCCCCUGCUCUCAGCCUAUGUGGCACGCCUCAGUGCCCGGCCCAAGCUCAAGGCCUUCCUGGCCUCCCCUGAUCACGUGAACCGCCCCAUCAACAGCAACGGGAAACAGUGAGGGCCUGUGGGACCCUCAGGGGAGGCAGAGCCUGCUUGCCUGCCUUUCCCCAGGACCAAUAAAAUUUCUAAGACAGCA